AUGGCUCUUCACGUUCCGAAAGCGCCGGGCUUUGCUCAAAUGUUAAAAGAUGGCGCAAAGCACUACUCUGGACUGGAAGAAGCAGUUUAUCGAAAUAUCAGAGCCUGCAAGGAACUGUCCCAAACUACACGGACAGCCUAUGGGCCAAAUGGUAUGAAUAAAAUGGUCAUUAAUCAUUUGGAGAAGUUGUUUGUCACCAAUGAUGCUGCAACAAUCCUCAGAGAGCUUGAAGUGCAACACCCAGCAGCAAAGAUGAUUGUAAUGGCCUCUCACAUGCAAGAACAGGAAGUGGGUGACGGAACCAACUUUGUUUUGGUUUUUGCUGGGGCUCUCCUAGAACUGGCCGAAGAACUUCUCAGGAUGGGCCUGUCUGUGUCUGAGGUCAUUGAGGGUUAUGAAAAGGCGUGUAAGAAAGCUAUGGAAAUUCUCCCUGACUGCGUUUGUUCUUCCGCUUCAAACCUUCAUGACGUCAAAGAGGUUGCUUCUCUUAUUCGUCCUGCUGUGAUGAGUAAACAGUAUGGCAAUGAAGACUUCCUGGCCAAUCUCAUUGCUGAUGCCUGUGUUUCUAUCUUCCCUGAAACUGGCAAUUUUAAUGUUGAUAAUGUUAGAGUUUGUAAAAUCUUGGGAUGUGGGGUGACUGCGUCCUCCAUGCUGCACGGCAUGGUUUUCAAAAAAGAAGCUGAAGGAGAUGUCACAUCUGUUAAAGAUGCUAAGAUUGCAGUGUUCUCGUGUCCAUUUGACUGCACUGUUACGGAAACCAAGGGAACUGUUCUUAUCAAUAAUGCAAAAGAGCUCAUGGACUUUAGCCGAGGAGAGGAAGACAUGAUGGAGGCUCAAGUGAAGGCCAUCAAAGAGGCUGGUGCAAAUGUGGUGGUCACUGGAGGGAAAGUGGCUGAUAUCGCACUACACUAUGCCAACAAAUACAAGCUCAUGGUUGUCAGGCUCAAUUCCAAGUGGGAUCUGAGGAGACUGUGCAAGACUGUAGGGGCAGUGGCUCUGCCAAAAAUGACUGCACCAACUCCAGAUGAGAUGGGCCACUGUGACAGUGUGUACAUUUCAGAAGUGGGAGACACCCAGGUGGUGAUCUUCAAACAUGAUAAAGAAGAUGGUGCCAUUUCAACAGUAGUGAUCAGAGGCUCCACUGACAACUUGAUGGAUGACAUUGAGAGGGCUGUGGACGAUGGCGUCAACACCUUCAAGGUUUUGGUCCGGGACAAACGACUAGUUCCUGGUGCUGGGGCCACAGAUAUUGAACUGGCUAAACAGUUGGCAUCCUAUGGAGAGUCUUGCCCUGGUUUAGAGCAGUAUUCCAUUAAAAAGUUUUCCGAAGCAUUUGAGGCUUUGCCACGUGCUCUGGCAGAGAACUCUGGUGUGAAGGCGAGUGAGCUGAUCUCUAAAUUGUACGCAGCACAUCACGAGGGAGAGAAAAACAUGGGCUUCGACAUAGAGGGGGAUGGUCCCUCAGUGAAGGACAUGAGUGAAGCUGGAAUCCUAGAGCCAUUCCUGUACUCCGUGUUGACCAGAUCAUCAUGGCUAAAGCAGCAGGGGGACCCAAAACUCCCAAGCAAAGAGGCCACUGGGAUAAAGAUGACUGGGAUGAAGAGCCAGAUAAAUUUGAUACUCAUCAUUAGAGUGCGCCCCAAUGCCUUCCCUCAAUAA